CGUCGAGCUCUUUGGCUUUAGCUCUGGGGCCCGUCGGCUGCAGGCUGCCGUGGCCCUGGCGAGGGGGCGGCGGCGGCAGUGUCAGUGCCGAAGCGUGCCCAAAACCCAUCACGGCAUGAGGGUUCAAAUCGGUUGAAAUUGUGGCUCAAGCUUCCACCCCGGCUGCCUCCCAGCUUGUGUUCGCCACUUGCAGCCGAAUCUGACUAUACCCCUAACCCAUGAGCUCCAGCCGACUGGACCCCAUUCUGCGCAGCCCAGUGAACCGGGAGAGCUCACGCCUGCUGAGCCGUUCCACCAGCUCGGGCAGCCUCAUGUCGCAUCCGUCGCUCAGCCGCAGGGCUUGCUCCAACCCUCGCCCUGUAAAGGCUGAGCCAGGCGCCCAAGUGUGCGCGACACCCAGCACAGCGCCUGGCUCCCCCGUGUCCACCCGUGCGGGUUCGAAGUCGUCGGGGCGCGACUCCCCUGCGAGCAGCCGCCCGGUCUCGAGGCUGUCUGUGGCAGGGAGUUGCGGAGCGCCAGUGGCGGUGGUCGACGUGAGCCGCUCCAGGCGCGGUGGUCACAGGCCCCCGUCUGGGGCGCCAGCGCGCGAGGACCUGGAGCUUGCGCGGAGCGAUCGGGGCAGCGGCCCUGCUCCCACGGGAUCGUCGCGCCCCGCGGGGUCGGCGGCGGCGGCGGUGCGGAGCCACUGCAGGGACGUCGCGGAGGCCUGCCGACUUGCCAAGACCAUGCAGGUGCCGUUGGCAGAGAUGCAGCGGGCAUACGCCGCCUUCCGGGACCACGCCGAGCCCCUUGCCCCAGGGGCCGAUCUGCUCAGGGACGGACGCCUCGGCCAGGAGCAGUUUGCCAGGCUCAUGCAGAGCCAAUUCAACCUGGACAGCGACGUCUCAGCGGAGCGGCAGGUUCAGCGGAUGGCGUCUUCCGUCAAGAAGGUGUGUAAGGCCGUGUGUGUCCACGGGGAUCGCGGUCUGAGCUUCUGUGAGUUUUUGGAGUGCACGCGCAUCUUGUGUUUCGACAAACGACACAGCCUAGCCGAGGAGGAGCGCGGCUUGCGCAGGAUGGCCCUGAAGUACGGCUUAGAUCCCGUCGAGAUCGACAGGUACAAAAAGGAGUUUGACGAGCUGGACGUGGACCGCAGCGGCAGAAUAGACAGCCAGGAAAUGGAGAGCCUUCUCUCUUUCAUCGGCCUCGCUGACACGUACAAGCCAGUCCUCGGGGAUAGCAUCGGUUUUGAGGAUUUCUUGAUCUUCAGUUUGAGGUAUUUGACACCAGGAGCCACAGGCUUCAGGCAGUCCUCAGGCAGUACUGGAGGUGAUGCGCGGCCUGAAGCCUAAACGGAUUGCGGGCCAGUCCAAUUUCUGUGUAUGUUGGAACGGCAGGGCUGCAUCCAACAUGCCAGAGUGUGAUGUUCAAGCCCACUGGUUUCCACAAUUGCACAGCCAGCGGAGGCGUGGGCCACGAGCUGUUCGAGUGACUCAAGAACCUUGCCAUUGGCUGCCCACUGGGUGGUCGAACAUUCUCGGAUGCGCACCUGAUCUUCGUGCGUAGCGACGCGCGGGCACGAGGCACUGAUCGCGAGAGUCGGAUGGCGCUGCCUCCAGCGUAGACUCAGGGCGGUCCGUGGCAACGGUAUGCCAUGGCCCCCCUGUUGAGUAGGUAGGGCUGUGAUUUUUUAACACACCGGAGUGUCCACUGGUUUCCACAGUUGUACAGCGAAGGGAAGCGUGGGCUGGAACCUUGCCAAGCCUUGCAAUGGCAGGAAAGCCAAGGCACGGGAGCAGAGCCUCCUUUCUCGUCCUCUCCCUUCUCCCCCCCCCCUCCCCCCUCGUCUGCCCGCACCUCUCCAUCCUCCUCUUAUCCUGGCCUUGGAAAUGUUGCCCCUGUUCUGGGUGUUAGCUGUUCUUUGCAGCUGCUGUCGUGUGAGUAGCAGUCCAACGCGAGCGUGGGAUUGCCUCCGACGGCGUCGCUCGCGCGCUGCAAAGCCAGACUGGAGCACCACAGAAUCUGCAAAUUCUUUACGCUUCGCGUGCUGCCAGAAACUUUAUAAAUGCUGUUGUUUAAAUUCUAUAAGCGUGGACGUGUAUGUUUUAACCAGCUGCCUGUUUUUUUUUCUGGCCUGUUAAACAGCCCAGACUCACCUGCGGGGAAGGGUGGGAACGAGAGGCAGCAGGAUAGGGUGAGACCAGCGUGAGGGCGCGGCACCUGUCUGCCAGGCUCACUCCCUCGGAGGAUGAUGAUGAUGAGGAGGAGCGCGCGGAGGAUCUUGCUCCCUUGCCCGCGCACGCGGCGGCAGUGUCUCGCCUUCUCC